AUGAAUUAAAUUUUUUAAAGUUAAAAAAUUUUAGAUUUUAGGCUGCAAGAUACAAUAGCAAUAUUUUUAUCACAACAUUAAUAAAAUUAAUCUGUCAUAAUCUAUGAUUUCAAUAGGAAUGUGUUUAAAGAAUAUCUAAUUCUAAAUUUUUAAGUUUCUAAAGUAAUCUCUGAUCCAAAUAUGUAAUAUUUGCUUUUGUUUGAAGAAAAGAAAGAAAAUUAAAGAACUCUAAUGCAUAUGGCGAAAUUAGAAAAAUCUUACGCACCUAUUUCAACUAUAAUGCUUCCUUCUAUAAAAAUUUAAUUAAUUGAAUGGUGUAAUAGCAACAUUUGUGCCAUAGUAUUUUAAAAUGAUUUGAUCCUUUUUAAUAUUUAUUCAUAAACUAUUUUAAAAAAAUUAGAAUCAAAUUUUAAUUAAAUACUUUAAUUUAAAGUGAAUUAGAAAUUUGAUACUAUUUUAUAGCAAUACUAAGCUUCUAUUUCAGAUCCAUAAAUUUGCUAUGUUAUGCCUUUAGAAGAUAUUACAUAAUAAAAAAAAUUUGAAAAUUGCAUUGCUUGCACUGAAAUAAUGGAAAAUGAAGAACACUUAAUAAUGAUUACCACAAAUAAUAACAUGUUAAAACUAAUAAUAGCCAAUUUCGACAAAGAUAUCAAAAUAAAGCAUGAAAUUAUUUAAAAUGGCAUUUAAAUAGUAAAAAAUUCUUCGUUUUUAUAAAUCAAAUACAGAAAAUAGAAAUAAGAGUUAUUGUUAAUUGACUCUACUAAAAAAUUGCAAUUAUUUAAUUUGGAUAACAGUUAUUAAAUGAUAGAGACAAAAAGUUAUUAAGAUGUAAGCUCCUUUGUUCUUUCUCUACAAAAUUAACAUUUAAUUUAUAUGGAUAAAAAUAUGUGUUUAUAUUAGGAAGGUAUUAAAGUUGAAGAAUUAAAUAAUCUAUAGCGAGCUCAGAUGGAAAUUUCAAUUGCAUCUCAAGUUAAAAAAUCUGCUAUUUAAGGAAUAUUAAGUGAUAAAAAUAAAAGUGGAACUUUAAAAGAAAUAAUCAAUUAAUACUCCACAAAUUUUGAGAAAUUUAAACCAAAGUUUUCAGAAAUGAUAAACUUAAGAUCUUCGUAUAAGAAUUUCCCUUUAAUUGAAUUUAGAGUUUUGAUUUAUCCUACCCAAGAUAUUGAGAACUAUAUUAAGUAUGUACCUGAUAUGUCAGAAUAUGUUGAAACUCAAAGUGUUAAAAAACAUAUAAAGUAAUUUGAGAUUGCUUUAAAGGGAGAUAAUCCUUUACUAUGUGAAGGAGAUGCUGCUUGUGGAAAAACUUCUGUAAUUUAAUAUUUGGCUUACAAACAUAAGUAGCCAUUGCUAAUAAUGAAUUUAAAUUCCUUUACUUAAAUAAGUGAUUUAAUUGGUAAAAUUGAGAUAUUACCAGGAUUCAAAUUAGAAUUUCAACCUGGGCCAUUUGCGAGAGCUGUUUAGGAAGGAAUGUGGAUACUUUUAGAUGAAGCUAAUUUGGCUAGUGAUUCUAUAUUAAGAGUAAUUGAGGAUGUUUUAGAGCUUGGUUAUCUAACUAUUUUUGGAAAUUCUAUUAAUUCUCAUAAUGAUUUAAUUGAUGGAACUUUGACUAUAAGAAAACACUAAAAUUUUAAACUAUUUUUAACAUAAAAUCCUGCCACUGACUUAAAUUUUGCUGGGUCGAGACAUGUAUUUACUCCUUCAUUAAUGAGUUAAUUCAUUUAACUUUCCUUUAAACCAAUGAGUGAAAAUGAUAUGGAAAAUAUAAUAGGUUAGAUUAUUUCGAAAAAGUUAUAAAAUUCUCUCUCUCCAGAAAAACAAUUAAAAUUAAUUACUUUGAUUAUGAAGAUUUAUCUAGAAAUAAAAUAAAAUAAAUUAGAUGACGGAUUAUUUACUUUAAGAGAUAUAUUACAAAUUGUAGAUGCAGUUUCUCUUGAACCUAAUUAUAAGAAUAUAUUUGAUGUAGAUAUUUUGCCAAUUAAAUAUUGUUUACAACUCAUCAUCACUUAGUUUUUGGAUACUAAUAAAAAUCUAGACAUGAUCAAUUCUUUAAUUGAUGAGUUUAAUUUUAUUGGUUAUUCAAAUAAGGCUUAUGAAGAAACAGAAGAUAAGAGAAUUGGUUAACUUGUAAUUUGGAAUUAAUAAUAAUAAGAACUUUAUCUUUCAUUUCAUAAUUUUCUAUUCGCAAUGCUAACAUUAUGUUAUAGAACUAAAAGAGCAGCUCUAGUUGUUGGAUAAUAAUUUUGUGGUAAAUUAUUUAGUGUUAAGCUUUGGUUAAAAUUAUAAGGAAUUAAGAAUUAUGAAGUAUUUGAAUUAUCUGAAGAUACAACGAGUGAAGAUUUGUUUGGAAAAUAUCAACCAAGUGAGAAAGGAUUCUAAUUUUGUGAGGGACCAAUCACUAGGUGUUUCAGUUAAGGAAAAGUAUUGAUUUUGUUGGAUAUUGAUGCUCCAGAAAGUGCAUUAACUGAAUCAUUAAAUGGCAUUUUGGAAAAAAAAUUCUUAUAAUUGAUAGUCUAAAAUAAGAAAUAUGAAAGGCAUAAGGACUUUCAUAUAAUAGCAAUUUCUUCUGAUUAAUCAAAAAUAGCACAUAAAUUCACUCCUGCUUUGAAAAGUAGAUUCUUAAGUACAAUUGUGAAAUUUUAAGUUAAAUUACAAGAUAUAUGUUAACUAUUUAGAUAAGCUAAUCUUCCAGGAGAUUAAGAAUUUGUUCACACUAUCACAUAAUAAUUAGGCUUGGAUAUUUCAUAGAAAGAACCCGUAAUUUCAUUUAAAUAUAUUAUCAGAUUUCUUUAACCUAUUAAACAAUUUAUUUAAUUUGUAACUUAAAAUUUAAAAUAAAAUUUAUCUAAAGGACAGGCAUUAAAAAGAGUUAUUGAUUGCAUCCAAUUUUUUAUAGCAUUGAGUUUAGAAGAUAAUAAACUACUUUAUAGUGAUUAGAUUAAAUUACCACUUCAAUUUGAAGAUGUUUUAGAAGGAUCAUUCGAAGAUGCCUCAAAAAAGUUUAUUUUUACUCCUUCCAGAAAAAGAGUAUCCGAUAUUAUUGCUAUUGCUAUUGCUUCUAAGGUACCUUUAAUCCUUUAAGGUUCUGCUGGAGUUGGAAAAACUAAAGUAAUUUCAAUGUUUUCUUAAACAUGUAGAAUGUUUUAAUAAACUGAAUUUUACUAUAUAAAUAUGAAUUAGAAUACUGAUAUUAAUGAUUUAAUGGGAUAAUUUAUUUGUUCUAUUAAAAAUGGUUAAAAGGAAUUUAAAUUUGAAAAAGGGUUGUUAUUUUCUGCAAUGGAAAAAGGAGGUAUAGCCUUAGUAGAUGAAGUAAACUUAGCGUAAUCUAGUGUUCUUAACUUUUUGGCUUCAAUAGCUAAAUACCCAACUGAAUUUGUGGAUCCCGUAUCAAAUAUUAAAAUCAAGAUUAAUGAAAAAUUUAGAAUAUUGUUUGCAUAAAAUCCUCCACAUUAUGUAGGGAGGAGUGAACUUCCUUUAAAGCUUGCUUCAAAAGUUAUUUUAGUUGAAGUUCCUAAUUAUACUCUUAAAGAAGUAUUAUAGAUUUGUUAGGGAACAUCAAACAGUGUCAAAUAAGGAAUGGAGUAUUUUCUAACAAAAAUAAUACCUUAUCCAGAGGAUGGUGAUGAAAAAAAAUUGAAGUAUAACAACACUUAAUUUACAUUAAGAUAAUUCAUUAAAUUUAGAAAUCGUUUAGAGAAAACUAAGUUGGAAAUUACAACUUAAAAAGAAAUUUGGGAAAAUUUAUUAAGACUUCAUUAAAUAAUCCUCUUUCCAAAAGAUAAUUAUGAAUAGAAUUAACUCAAAUCAUCUAUCGUUUAUUCUGAAUAGGAUAAAACUAUAUAAUUCGAAAUUAAAAAUGAUAAAGCAGAAAUAAAAAUUUCUCUAGAGGCUAACAAAAAUUUGAAUUCUUUAAGCUAGGAAAUAUAAAAUUUAAGUGAUUAAUAAAGACUUUUAUUAAGUUAGAUUGCAUUAUGUUUUUAUUGUAAAGAAAAUGUAUUAAUUGAAGGAGAGACGACUUUUAAAACUUAUGUAACAAAACUGUUUUCUUCAAUAAUAUAAUUUUAAAAUCCUAAUCCUUUUGAAUUAAUUUACACUUCUAGUGUUACAGAGAUAGCAGAUUUAUUAGGUACUACAGAAUCUCACAAUUCAGAAUCAUAUAUGAUACAUUGUAAAAAUUUAAUACAAAAAUUAGGAAAAAAUUAAAAAUUUAUAAAUCUAGAUUAAAUUUAAACUACUCUCAAUGACUUAGCAAAAUAGUGGGGUUAAAAAAUAUUUUUUGAUUCGAUUAAUAAAAAUCUAAACAAUUAGUUUCCUUUUGUUGAAAGAGGUCUAACAUUUUCUGCUAGAUUUGGUGGAGUUGUUUGUUUAAAAAAUAUUACUCUGGCAGAUUAAUCUGUUUUAGAAGGUUUAAAUGCUUUACUUGAAAUAGAACCACAUUUUGUUGUUAAUGGAAAAAAAAUUGAUAUUCACAAAGAAUUUAUUGUAAUAGCUUUAUUAAAUAGCAAUUUUGGAAAUUAAUUAAGUGAUGCAUUGUAAUCUAGGCUAACAAAAAUAUCAAUACAAACCUAAGAAUUAUUAAAUUCUUCAAAUCAGCUUCAAGAAUCUUAUCAAAAAUCUAUUCGGUCAAAAAUAUCUAUUUAAGGAUAAUCAAAUGAGAUCAUCACCUUUGUUGAAUAGCUCUUAGGUUCCCUAAAGAAAUAGAAGUAUGAACAAUAUAAAAUGUUAUCAUCUAGAUAAUUUUACUAAUGGAUGAACUUUUUGGCUUUAACUAUUAAUGCCCCAAAUUUAGAAAAAUUGUCUUUAGGAUUUUAAUUCGUCAUAUUAGAUCAUAAAAAGGAAAAUUUUGAAAAAUUAAUAAAAAACGAAUCAUACAUAUCUACUUUUAACAACGCCGAAAUCUCAAUGAAAAAAAAUUUAGAAAAGUUAGGUCUCUUCAAUUCUUCUAAAAUUAUUAUGAAUCCCAUUACAAACAAAAUAAUACAAAGGAUCUUUUCAGCUUUUUCUGUCGAUUUUAUUCCAUGUUUAAUAGGACCUCCAGGAAUAGGAAAAUCAGCAAUAGCUUAAGAAGUUGCUUAGAUAUUAGGAAAAGAAUUUUAAAGAGUAUGCUGCUCAGAUAGUUUAUCUGUUGAUGAUUUAUUUGGUUCAUAUGCCCCAACAUUUGAUGAAGGAAGUGCUGGCUUUACAUUUUAAGAAGGCUAUCUUGCUAUGGCUCUAAAAAAGAAAAGUUUAAUAUUAUUUGAUGAAAUAAAUUUAGCUUCUCCCGAAGUUUUAAGUACUCUAUAGGCUUUGUUCAAUAUGGAUGAAAAAUCUUUAAGUUUUAAAGAUUAUAAUAUUAACAAAACGGGUUGUGUAUUUUUGUGUUCAAUGAAUCCACCAUCAUAUCAAGGUAGAUAAGAAUUGCCUUAAUGCAUUUAAAAUUUAUUAUGUGAUAUUCAUCUAUAAUAAUUUAGCAUUGAAGAGGUUUUAGAUAUUUUUAAGUAAUCUUAUAAUAAGUAAAUUAAAAACCUGAAAGACUUUGAUAUAGAUUUUUCGGUUAUCAUUGAUUUACACAAAGAGCUCUCUUAGUAAUAGGAUAAAAAUCAAUCAUCAAACUACGAUUUUAAUAUUCGAUUUUUGUAGAAUCUUUUGUAACUUUUUAGUGAUUAAUUUAUAAAAUAAAUAUAACUGAUAAAAGAUUAAUAAUUAAAGACAGAAUUAAUCAUAUUAUGUUUAGAGAUAAUUUAUGUUGAGCACUACUAUUAAACAGAUUUUUCAGAAACAAUUUUAAUAGCUAUUUUAAAUAAGUAUAAAAUAAGUCUAGAAUAAUGGAAUAAUAGGAAGGUUUUCUUAGAGCAAAAAGCUGAUAUGAUAUAUAUUAAUAGACUUGUAGAUGAUGAUUCAAAAUAAAUAUUAAAGUUUCCUUUAAUUAGAUUAGCCCCUCCAUAGAUGAUUAAUAAUUCUUAUACUAUUAAUUUGUAAAACUCAAAAAUCUUUGAAAAAAUUUUAAUAGCCUUAUAAUCUUAAAAAAUUAUAUUAUGCUAAGGAGAUACUUCAACAGGAAAGACCUCUAGUAUUAUAACACUUGCUAGUAUGUUGAAUCAAAGAUUUAUUUUAUUACCAAUUAAUUGUGAUUUAGAAGCUGAUGAUUUACUUGGGAAUUUUGCAAUAGUUUAAGAUAAUUACGACGAAGUUCAAUAAGAAUUAUAAAAGUUAAUAUCUAAAUAAAAUGUUGUAAUCUAAUCCAAAAAUUCACAAAAAUCUGAAAUUAAUAUGAAGUAUAUGGAAGGAGUCUUAAAAAUUUGUUUGAAAAAUGGCUAUUGGUUAAUUUUGGAUAAUAUAAAUUUGGCAAGGCCUGAAAUUAUUGAAAGGCUUAAUUCAUUAGGUGAAGAUUCUCCUUGUUUAUUUAUAAAUGAAUUCGGUGAUAAGAAUAGAAAAAUCAUUCCUCAUAAAUAAUUUCGACUGAUUUGUAUAUAAAAUCCUUCGAGAGCUGAAUCCCAUUAGCUAUCUCCAGCUUUUUAUAAUAGAUGUUUAAAAGUUAAUUUCAAAAUUGAUAUUACAGAAAAUACUUAGGAUAUUAUAGAAAUUUUAGUAAAAAAUGGUGAAGGUUGUUGUUUAUUUUAGGAAGAAACUGUAAAAUUAGCAGAGAAAUUCUUGAACUAAAUAAAGUUUAUGAAAAAUCAUCUUAAUUUUAAAUUUAGUUUUAGAUAAGUUCAAAAAGCUUUUAAAAUGAUUCAAGACGAGGGAUAUAACAAUUACGAAUCAGUUAUGGAAAUUGUUUUUGGUUAGAAUUUUUUAUAAUGUUCUUAGGAUACACUAUUCCCUAUUUUUGAUGUAAAUUCCUAUGUUAAUCCAGAUUCUAUCUUAAACAAAUUGGUUUCUAAUUCUAUUUAGCUAUUUGAUUCUGGGAUUAUUAAUUAGAUACUCCAAUUCUAAAAUUUAUAUGAAUUUCUUAAAAAGUAUUUAGGAGAAAAAGAAUUUUAAACUUAUAAAUAUUUUCUUGACACAAUUUCAAAAAAAAUUAAUUUGAUGAAUUUUCCAACUUAAAAUUAAUUUAAUACUGGUAGCUAUGAAUUAAGUCUAUCAGGGUAGAUUGAUUAUUGUUUAUGUGGAAUAAAUAUGGUUAUAGAACCUUUAUUUUUAUCCCUAACUUUUAGAAAUAAAGAAGUGUAAACUUUAUAAAUGAAAAUUUAAUGUUAAUUCCUGAGUUAGAUUUUUUAAGCAGAAGCAAGAUUAAACUAGAAUAAAAAAUUUGAAGUAAUAUUUACUAAAACAAACGAAAAUUCAAUUGCCCAAAUGAUAGAAUAAUUGAUAGGAUCUUAAUAUAUGCAACUUUUUGCCUCCUUUAACUAGAUGCUUGAAGAAGCAUUGUAUGAAUGA